GCUUGUUCCAUUUAGUUGCUGAACCUGCUUGAGUGGUUUGCCCUGCUAUCCUGUGAUGCCAGCUGCUGUGUGUUGUGAGGCGCAAUCAGGAAAGCUCUGAAGUGGCAACAUGGUGAGCACAGGGUCACUGCCAAGUACUGGGAGGAGCAAGAGGAUGAGCGUCGGGAGCUCUUGUGUUGGAUCUUUUCCGGGUGUACAUGGGAAGCAGCUGCCAUGUGCCGCCACCUUCCUUGUGUAAGGUCCCUUGUGGUCCCAACCACACCCUGUACCCAGAGAAUGCAGUGACCUAUGAUGAUGUGUGUGUGAACUUCACUCUGGAAGAAUGGACUUUACUGGAUCCUUCACAGAAGAGUCUCUACAGAGAUGUGAUGCAGGAAACCUACAGGAAUCUCACUGCUAUAGGCUACAAUUGGGAAGAUGACAAUAUUGAAGACUAUUUUCAAAGUUCUAGAAGACAUGGAAGGCAUGAAAGAAAUCAUAGUGGAGAGAAACCUUAUGCUUGUAACCAAUGUGAUAAAGCCUUUUCAUGUCAUCAUAGUCUCCAAAUACAUAAAAGAAGACAUACUGGAGAGAAACUCUAUGAAUGUAACCGUUGUAAUAAAGGCUUUCCAUAUCCCAGUGCUCUACAAAUACAUAAAAGGAUACACAGUGGAGAGAAACCCUAUGAAUGUAAACAAUGUGGUAAAGCCUUUGCAUGUCACAGUUCUCUUCAAAGGCAUGAAAGAAUACAUACUGGUGAGAAACCUUAUGAAUGUAGCCAAUGUGGUAAAGCCUUUACACAUCAAAAGAGUCUCCAAAUACAUAAAAGAACUCACAGUGGAGAAAAACCAUAUGGGUGUAGUCAGUGUGGAAAAGACUUUGUAAGUCAGAGUCGUCUUCUAGAACAUAAAAGGACACAUACUGGAGAGAAACCCUAUGAAUGUAACCAAUGUGGUAAAGCCUUUGCAUAUUCCAACAGUCUCCAAAUACAUCAAAGAACACACACUGGAGAGAAACCCUAUGAAUGUAACCAGUGUGGUAAAGCCUUUGCAUAUCACAAUAGUCUCCAAAUACAUAAAAGUACACACACUGGAGAGAAACCCUAUAAAUGUAACCAGUGUGGUAAAGCCUUUGCAUAUCACAUUACUCUCCGAACACAUAAAGGAACACACACUGAAGAGAAACCCUAUGAAUGUAACCAAUGUGGUAAAGCCUUUGCAUAUUCCAACAGUCUCCAAAUACAUCAAAGAACACACACUGGAGAGAAACCCUAUGAAUGUAACCAGUGUGGUAAAGCCUUUGCAUAUCACAAUAGUCUCCAAAUACAUAAAAGUACACACACUGGAGAGAAACCCUAUGAAUGUAACCAGUGUGGUAAAGCCUUUGUAUGUAGCAGUCAUUUUCAAAGGCAUAAAAAAAUUCAUACUGGAGAGAAACCCUAUGAUUGUAACCAGUGUGGUAAAGCCUUUGCAUAUAAAAGUAAUCUCCAAAUUCAUGAAAGAAAACACACUGGAGGGAAACCCUCUGAAUGUAAUUAAUGUAGUAAAGCUUUUGCAUUUCAUAAUAGUUUCCAAAUACAUAAAAGAACACAUAGUGAGAGAAACCCUAUGAAUAUAACCAAUGUGGUAAAACAUUUCCAUAUCUCAGUGGUCUCCGCAUUUAUAACAGAACACAUAGUGGAGAGAAACCCUAUGGAUGUAAUCAAUGUAGUAAAGACUUUGUAAGUCAGAGUCUUCUCCUAGAACAUUAAAAAAAAAACACACAUAGUGGAGAGAAACCCUACGAAUGCAACCAAUGUGAUAAAGCCUUUGUAUAUCAUAGUGAUCUUCAAAUACAUAAAAGAACACACACUGGAGAAAAACUGUAUGAAUGUAAUCAGUGCAAUAAAGCCUUUGUACAUCA